AUGGCUUCUACGCACAUGCUCCGUCAAACCAUCAUUGUCAAUGAGGGCGACUCUCCUUUGGCAUACAAGGCCAGGGAAGUCACUAAUCCAGUGAUGCAGUAUGUCAGUUUCUUUGACAACAACUUUGAGCGCAAGCAAAAGGUUGAAGUUUGGAAUGGUGCAAGUGGAAAGAAUGUUGAACCACUCCUCAGGUCCAUUCAAUCCUUUCGCAACAUCUCUUCAGAGUGGGGACUCAAUCAGGGUCGUCAAGAGAAGGCCUUGUUCAAGCAAUUCCUCACUGUUGAACUGCACAUGACCUAUCAGAGGAUUUCUGAUGCUCAUGGGAACUCAGUUCAGGACUUUGAAGAUUCUGUCAAUGAAUUCAUUUGCAAAUACACUGGUGAAAAUCCAAAGUAUCAAGCGAACAUGUAUCUCUUUGAUACUUCCAACCACAUUCGCAAACCAUAUACUACUGAAAUUGGAAUUCACGCAAAUCGCUUGAAAACCCUAUUUAUGUAUCACGAUAUGCUUCCUGGAAAUUGUUCCAACGUGAACGAUGAGAACAAUCCGGGGCAAAUUCGGAAGAGAAAGCUGGCACUGUUUCGCUCCUUUCCAAUUGAUUGGCAGGGAGAUUUUAUCAAUUUGCGGAAUGAUCCGGCGAACGACGAUAAUAUUACGUGGAAACAUAUUGUCAGUUGGAUGACACAGAAGAAAAGAACAGUGGACAGGAAAAAACUUAUGCAGGAGAGUUCUCCCCGUCGAACUCGACCUGGUAAUCGCACAGGCGGUAGAGGCCUUCACCACAAUCGUUUUGGUGGUGGUCGUGGUCAUGGUCAACCAAGGAAUGGUUAUCAACCAUAUCCAAGACCCUCGAACUCUCCAAGAUAUUCUCAAGGGACUUCACAACGUUUUCAACGUGGAGGCAAUUCCCAGCAACAAGACCAAGGACGAUUUCAACCAAGACACCCCAACAAUGGUAGCAGAGGCCGUGGAUUCAAUGGCCAGCGCAGUGGACGCUCCCAAUCUGGUCGUUUUCAGCCAGGACGAAACUAUCAAGGCAGAGGCCAAUCACAGCAACAAAACAGUCAAAACUACUUGCUGAGUCGCACUACAAUCAAGAAGCUGAAAGCUUUGCUGCGGAAUGCAGCGUUCCGGAAUAGAACCAAGACGGAAUGUCUUAUGGCGGAAUGCCAAGUGCCGAGCAGUACCAGCAUCAGGAACAAUAUUAUCAAGCUGAAGAAAAUCAGCAAUGGAAUGAUCAAUUCAACUAUGAACAAGAAGAAUAUUAUCCUGAAGAACAGGAGGCGCACGAACAUUUUUCCUAUGAUGAGGAUUCGCCAUUUUCCUUUCAUGAAGAGCAUUACUGACCCAAAAAUACUCGUAAACUAA